AUGCCUGAUGCCGUAGUUUUGGAUUGCGGUUGCAGUUUCAUGCUAUUCUUGACAUUGUGUGAAAUUUCUGUUGACGGGACUGUAAUUGUAGUUACGAUGCAGUUGUGGAUUGCAUGGAGUGAAGAGCUUGGAAUUCUAAAGACUCUUGGCUUAAAGAAAGUGCUUGAACAUGAAAAGCCUGUUAUUGGUUGGUUCGUUUUUCCCGGAGGAGUGCCAUUCCCUACCUUCUUCCAAAAUUCUCUACUUUUAAUGGCUUUCUUGUCUCUGUUGCAUUACGUUAGGCUUUGGUCUUUGUUUGGUGAAAAAGAGCAACACUAUAGGGAUGUAGGGAAACUGAAUGGAAAGAUACUUGGCUUCCCUAGGAUAUUGCUUCUUAUGCUUUUUGCUUUUGAACUUCCAAAUCCCAUAGAAGAUAAACUGCAGGAUUUUUCUUGUUGCAGCUAUGAGCAGCAAGAAAUAGGGAACAUAAACACAGUUUCAAACCCACCACCUUCUCUUCUUUGCUUCAAACUGAGAAGGCCUUUGUUCCUCCAAAUUUUCCUUAGCAAAAGAUAUGAGUUUCUUGUUUUUCAGAGGGUUCGUUGUCUUGGUCUGUGUUGGGAUUUUAGCUUCUCAACCAUGCAUGGUUUCUGGCCUCAGAAGCAAAGAUCUUGCUCUGAGAUGGGAUCCACUUGGUCAAAUAGCUCGUGUCCUAAAGACUGUUGCAAUGGAGGACUUGCAAUCCCAGUUGGAGUUGGCACCUGCACCUUCCAUGACAUUUGA